CUCCAUUUUUAACAGUCUUUGACCUCACUGAAAUCAUCAAAUCAUACGAUUCUAAACUCGAAACUCCAUUUUUGCUCCUACAGUCCCUCACCGCACACUAUAAAAAACUCUCCUCACAGUGCCUCACAGUUACAGUUUCCAUUUCCAUUUUGCCGCGUGCACCUAAAUCCGCGCCUUCUGUAUUUAUCACCAACUACCUCCGCCUCAAAACGCCGUCGUUCCCAAAGCUAAAAUAAAAAUCUAAAACUACUUUCCCUCUCAUUUCUGUACAAUAUAACACGCACACACACAGUGACACAGAGAGAGAGAGAGAGAGGGUCCGAGUCCGAAUCCGAGUCCGAGUCCGAAAUCGGGGAGCGCUAAACUACGCCGGGUACACUAAAGUGCGCCGGGUGGUACUCUACGCCACUAGCGAGAGCCGGAAUCGAGUGUGUUCUCGGCAAUGCGGGUGAGAUCCUCUGCGAUUAUCGCAGUGUUGUCAGUGUUGUUGUUGUUGGUGUGCGAUCCUCUCCUCUGCUUCGGUUCUUGGACGACUCUCUCAGUAAACGAGUCGGAAUCGGCGGAAGCGGCGGUGGUGGUGGAGGAGGAGGAGGAGGGGAUCGUCAAUGCCACGGGAACAGCUGCCGAGUCGAACGCGUCGCGUAGAUCCAAUGAGGACAGCUUGGCCGGCAUGAUAGAUCGCGCUCUACAGAGAGAGUUCCCGGAGAACGAGCAAAACGAAGCCACUGAUUCUGUUGGUAGCUUCAACAAUAGUGUAGCUGAGCAACAGGCAGUUUUGGAAACUGUUGCUAGAGUGAAGCCAAAGAAAAAUGACACUAAGGAGGAAAAGUCGUUUUUCAAUUUGGAUAAUGAAAAUGGAGCAGAAGAUGUGCCAACAUUAAUAGAUCGAAGUGACAAUGUCUUUACUCUAUCCAAUCCAAAGUCAAAGUAUCCUGUGCUUCAAUUAGACUUGAGAUUGAUAUCAGAUUUGGUAGUUGUCAUUGUCUCUGCAACUUGUGGUGGAAUUGCCUUUGCUUGUGCUGGACAACCGGUUAUUACUGGAUAUCUACUAGCAGGGUCUUUAAUUGGACCUGGUGGCUUGAGCUUUGUUAGUGAAAUGGUGCAAGUUGAAACAGUUGCUCAGUUUGGAGUGAUCUUUCUUCUUUUUGCAUUGGGUCUGGAAUUUUCCACGACAAAGCUUCGUGUUGUUCGAGCAGUGGCAAUUUUAGGAGGUCUACUCCAGAUUUUCCUAUUUAUGUGCUUGUGUGGAAUACUAACCUCGUUAUGUGGUGGCAAACCUUCUGAAGGGGUAUUUGUUGGUGCACUCCUGUCUAUGUCUUCAACAGCAGUGGUCUUGAAAUUUUUGAUGGAAAAAAAUAGUAUUAAUGCUCUUCAUGGUCAGGUCACAAUCGGCAUCCUUAUCCUUCAAGACUGUGCCGUGGGCUUGCUGUUUGCUCUGCUUCCAGUUCUUGGUGGUACUUCUGGAGUUCUUCAAGGAGUAAUAUCCAUUACUAAAUUGUUGGUGGUUCUAAUUACAUUUUUGGUCAUUUUGUCAAUAUUUUCUCGCACAUGCGUACCAUGGUUUCUAAAGCUCAUGAUGAGCCUCUCAUCUCAGACUAAUGAACUCUAUCAAUUGGCAUCGGUGGCAUUUUGCUUACUUGUUGCUUGGUGUAGUGAUAAGCUGGGUUUAAGCCUUGAACUUGGUUCCUUUGCCGCUGGAGUUAUGAUAUCAACAACUGAUCUUGCACAACAUACACUUGAACAAGUUGAACCUAUUCGCAAUUUCUUUGCUGCUCUUUUUCUUGCCAGCAUUGGGAUGUUAAUACAUGUUCAUUUCCUUUGGAACCAUGUUGAUAUUUUACUAGCAACUGUUAUAUUGGUGAUCGUUCUAAAAACAUUUGUGGUUGCGACUGUUGUCAAGGGAUUUAGAUACAGUAACAAGACUUCGAUUCUUGUUGGAAUGUCUCUUGCGCAAAUUGGGGAAUUUUCCUUUGUUCUUCUAAGCCGUGCUUCAAAUCUUCAUCUAAUUGAGGGCAACUUGUAUUUACUGCUGCUUGGUACAACAGCUCUCAGUCUGGUGACUACACCAUUGCUGUUCAAGCUAAUUCCUGCUGUUGUACACCUUGGGGUGUUGACGCGGUGGUUCUCUACAGAUAGUUCAAGUGAGAUUGGAUUUAAAGGGGAUAGCCUUCGUGCAGAGAGUGCUAAGCGUAUUACUGUGAAGGUGCUUAAGCGUGCAAAAGGAGGUUGACUAAGUGAGCGGUGUUUUUUUCUAGUGCAAAGCUUGCCCUACUUUUGAUAGCAUUUCCGACCAGGUGAGAAUGGCCACAAUUGGCAAACCGCGACAAAACAGACGGUGCUGAAGAUAUGCAAUCCGCAUGCUGACAUAUUCUAGUUUGAUUUAGGCCCAUCACAUUACCCUGCUGGAUGGCCUACUAUAUUCUGUAAAUUAGUGUUCAUUUUGUAAUGUAAUUUCAUUUCACCGUUUUCUUUUAGCUGAUUGUCAUAUGCUUUGUUCUAUUGUAUUGAUUUUGUGUAUAAGUCAGAAAUCAAUGCCAUUAUAGUCUCACAGAUGCAUCAA